AUUUUGAAAUGAAAUAGUCUUGAAGGAAACCCACCUGUGAGGAAGUUGCUUGCGUUGCAGUCUGUCAAUAUUUACAUGACAUUUAAGCCUGGUCAGAGAAACGUCUCUACGCGCUAAUUAAAUGAAGGUAAUUAAUGGUGGUGUCUUCACUCCUGGUGCAUUAUGGGUCAGUGGAGGCCUUUGUCUAACCUGAGAGAUCAGGUAUCUCGACGCCCUCCUGUGGUUGUGUUCUUCCUCAGUCUGCUAAUUCUCUCCAUCACUUUUGUCUCCACUGGACUUUACACUCAGAAUCACGACAUCAAGAACCCUGACAUAAGCAUAGACUGGAACGGGGUUCUGGGUUCUAUCGCGGGUUUUAAGUUCUGCACACAUCUGAAUGACACAGACGCACCCCCAGAGGAAGACUCUCCCCGAAUGGUGGAGCACUCAGAUAGGACCAAUAUUUCCACAAGUAGUGCUCAUGUUUCCUUACUAGUGCCGCUGGCGUUUAUAGGGGACGUCCCAGCUAAUACUAUCAUAAGUGCCACAAUGUUGGGCAGCCAGCUGGGCAUGAAAGGUGCUGCAGCGAAAGCAUCUGUCAAUAUAUCUUUGCUCCUGCACGCUGACGUUUCCGAUAAUAAAACUCCUGCUGGGACGCAAACCAGUCGACCCCUGACCUGUCUUCAUUUCACCGCCCUAACCCAUGUUCUCCCUCAAACGCCGUCACCUCCAGAAUGCCCAGUCGCAGAGAACAAUGACAAGAGCGCUUCACCUGUCAGGGCUGUUGCUGUAGAGUCAUACAAGCACAAUUCUCCACACUGCUUCAGUCUGGAGUACACACCAGAUCCACACCUGACGGUCCUGCUCACUAAGGAUGAAAAAGCCUUGUGCAGGUAUCACCUGUUGCUGGUCAGUGUUGCUCUGCUGAUUAUCUGUGUCCUUAUGAGUCUCUGUGGAACGUUUUCUUCACGUUCACGGUAUUACCAGAAUGACCUUCAAAAGGAUUCCCUGCUGAGCCAAUGAGAAAUGUCUACAGAA